AUGGGACCUAGAGGACCAGAUGGAAGGGAUGGAAAUAAAGGUAUGGAUGGACCGCCAGGAGCUGCAGGACCUCGAGGAAAGACGGGACCAGUUGGUAAGCAAGGACAAGAAGGACCGAAAGGUAGACCUGGGCCGAGAGGACCGAUGGGGUUACAGGGUGAACAAGGACCGAGAGGAAUGAAGGGACCAGUAGGAGCAACAGGACCAGCAGGAUAG